AAGGCUACAUUUAUUGAGUUUUUGUGUGUGUGUGUGUGCAGGAUGCACUCUCCAAAGCUUUUGUUGCUUUGUGCUUAAUGGAAGGCCCUUGAGAGCUUUUCUUUUCUUUUCUUUUUCUGUCUCUUCUGUUUAGGUUUCACUCACACUCCCUUCUUCUGUUCUCUCUGCAAAAACCUUCCAUUUCCAUAGACAGUUUGCAUAUUUGGACUCUGAUGUCUCCACCACUGCUUGUUACUGAAGAUGAAGGGCAGAGCAAUGCCUCAAUGGUAGCAUCUGCAUCUUCACAAUCCUUGGACUGUUUCUCCCAAAAUGAGGCUAGACUGAAAGAACGCAAUUACCUGGGAUUGUCAGAUUGCUCUUCAGUCGACAGUUCUACUGUCCCAAGCUUGUCUGAUGAGAAAAAGAAGAACCUGAAUUUGAAGGCUACUGAGUUGAGGCUGGGCCUUCCUGGAUCCCAGUCACCUGAAAGGGAUCCAGAUCUUUUCUCAUUGAGCUCAACAAAACUUGACGAGAAACCCUUGUUCCCUUUGCUUCCUUCAAAAGAUGGAAUCUGCUUAUCAUCCCAGAAAAAUGUGGUUUCAGGGAACAAAAGAGGUUUUGCUGACACAAUGGAGCCUGAGGUGAAAACCUUUCCUUUUAAUGAGUUUUCUGGCAAUGCAGGGAUAAACAUAAUGCUAUCACCUAGACCUUCUGGAGCUCAGCCAAUCACAGUGAAAGAAAUACCAAGCAAGGUGUUACAAGAAAGCCCUUGUGCUGCAAAUGGAACUGGUCAUAACCAUACUGGAGCUUCUAUCAGUGGCAGUGCACCAGCUUCUAAGGCACAAGUUGUUGGUUGGCCUCCUAUAAGAUCAUUUAGGAAAAACUCAUUGGCUACCAAUUCAAAGAACAAUGAUGAAGUAGAUGGAAAACCAGGUCCAGCUGCACUGUUUGUGAAGGUCAGCAUGGAUGGUGCUCCCUAUCUUAGGAAGGUUGAUCUAAGAAACUAUACAACAUACCAGGAUCUGUCUUCUGCCCUUGAGAAGAUGUUCAGCUGUUUUACCCUAGGUCAAUGCGGUUCCCAUGGAGCUCCAGGUAGAGAAAUGUUGAGCGAGAGCAAGCUGAAGGACCUCCUGCAUGGUUCAGAAUAUGUACUUACUUAUGAAGAUAAAGAUGGUGACUGGAUGCUUGUAGGAGAUGUUCCGUGGGAUAUGUUCAUUGAGACAUGCAAAAGGCUGAAAAUCAUGAAGGGUUCUGAUGCAAUUGGCUUAGCUCCGAGGGCCGUGGAAAAAUCCAAGAGCAGGAGUUAGAUGGUAUUGGGAAUGAUGACUGCAUUUUGUCUGCUAUGGUAAGUUGCUGGAUACAGGAAGGGCGUGGAAAGGAAACUUUGGUACAAAUGACUGAAUGCCGGGUUUUCAUGGUUCAAUGCUCUUCAAGAUGUUGUCUAUGAUUAUAAGUCCCUGAAUGACUAGUCUGUUUUGUCUUUCUUUGUGUUACAUUUGUUUUUACUAUAAUACCUUAUGAAGCUACCUUGAAUAUUAGUAAUUGUGGAGUCUGUAAUCUUUAUAGGAACCUGUUUGUUUGGAUGAGUUGAAUGUCUGUUAUAAU